AUGGGCUAUAUCGUUAGAUUCCAGGGGCCACGAGUCGAACCAUACGACCCUUCAUGGCAAGAUCAAGAUGGUCUCUGGACCAUAGCUCCAGUGGUGGGAGCUGGAUUAUGUUGUCAUGGGAGUCAAGGGCGAUCGCAAUUGGUCGAUGGCUCUAGGGUAACUAUCCGCUCCGGACGCGAUUCGCAAACCGCCUGGUAUCUCUCCGUCCUCAGAACUUCGGCGGGAAUCUUCGUUCCCUGCAUCACGACCUCGAAGCACUUCGUAUGGAGAGUCCGAGAAGUUCUGAAGCCCAACACCAAGAGCACCAUUGCAAAAGAGCCGUCACCGGGCAAACGACUCAAACACGACGCGGUUCUGUGCUUGACUUUUGACUUUGAGGACAACCCCAGAGGCUACCGAGACUUCAAAGACGACGAUCGCGGCUUCAGGAAUGUAGAGUACCCGGACAAAGACACCACUCAGUUGGUGCUUGUUGAAUCUCGAAACAGGACGGAUAUUUGGCCGGACCGCAGAGUUCUCCUUCUUGCUGACGGAGAACCCUUUUUUACAGAGUCAACUGCCAAAGUCGCGGACUUGAAUGAUUCCGAGAUCUCUGUGAAAAUUGCAAAGUUCAACAUCGACGUCCGUGACCAAAUGGAUGACGACUAUGAUAUCUUGCAAAAGGAUGGCGAUUCCAUCAAGGCGAGACACGAUGAGCAGCAGAAGAAGUUGAAGGCCAGAGAUGAGGGGUCCUCGGGGUAG